AUGGGCCGGACCGUGGUCGUGCUGGGCGGAGGGAUCAGCGGCUUGGCCGCCAGUUACUACCUGAGCCAGGCUCCCUGUCCCCCCAAGGUGGUCUUGGUGGAGGGCAGCGAGCGCCUGGGAGGCUGGAUCCGCUCAGUGCGAGGGCCAGAUGGUGCUGUUUUUGAACUUGGACCUCGAGGAAUUCGACCGGCGGGACCCCUGGGAGCCCGGACCCUGCUCCUGGUUUCUGAGCUUGGCCUGGACUCGGAAGUGCUGCCUGUCCGGGGAGACCAUCCAGCUGCGCAGAACAGGUUCCUGUAUGUUGGUGGUUCUCUGCAUGCCUUGCCGUCUGGCAUCAGGGGGCUCCUCCGCCCUUCACCUCCCUUCUCCAAACCUCUGUUCUGGGCUGGGCUGAGGGAUUUGACCACCCCUCGUGGCAAAGACCCUGAUGAGACUGUGCACAGUUUUGCCCAGCGCCGCCUUGGUUCUGAGGUGGCGUCUCUAGCCAUGGACAGUCUCUGCCGUGGAGUGUUUGCAGGCAACAGCCGUGAGCUCAGCAUCAGGUCCUGCUUUCCCAGUCUCUUCCAAGCUGAGCAAACCCAUCGUUCCAUAUUACUGGGGCUGCUGCUGGGGGCAGGCCGGGGCCCACAGCUGGACUCAGCACUUAUUCGCCAAGCUCGGGCUGAGCGCUGGAGCCAGUGGUCACUCCGUGGAGGGCUGGAGACAUUGCCCCAGGCCCUGAACGCUCACCUGACUAGUAGGGGUGUCACUGUUCUCCAAGGCCAGCCAGUCUGUGGGCUCAGUCUCCAGGCAGAAGGGCGCUGGAAGGUGUCUCUAGGGGACAGCAGCCUGGAGGCUGACCACAUUAUUAGUGCCAUUCCAGCUUCAGUGCUCAGCAAGCUGCUCCCUGCUGAGGCCGCACCGCUGGCCCGUGCCCUGAGCACCAUCACUGCAGUGUCUGUGGCUGUGGUGAAUCUGCAGUACCGAGGAGCUCGUCUGCCUGUGCAGGGGUUUGGACAUUUGGUGCCAUCCUCAGAAGAUCCAGUUAUCCUGGGAAUUGUGUAUGACUCCGUUGCUUUCCCUGAGCAGGAUGGGAGCACCCCGGGCCUCAGACUGACUGUGAUGCUGGGAGGUUCCUGGUUACAGACACUAGAAGCCAGGGGCUGUGUCUUAUCUCAGGAGCUGUUCCAACAGGAGGCAGAGAAAGCUGCUGCCACUCAAUUAGGACUGAAUGAGCCACCAAGUCACUGCUUGGUCCAUCUACACAAGAACUCUAUCCCCCAGUAUACAUUAGGCCACUGGCAAAAAUUGGAGUCAGCUGCCCAGUUCCUGGCUGCUCAGAAGCUGCCUUUGACCCUGGCCGGAGCCUCCUACGAGGGGGUUGCUGUCAAUGAUUGUAUAGAGAGUGGGCGUCAGGCAGUAGCCCGUGUCUUGGGCACAGAACCUAACAGUUGA